AUGGCCAGAUUCUCUAUCCUAUUCUUCCUGAUAAUCUCUUUCGAAGUUUUGGAAUCUAGAGAAGUAUCCAAAGUUGAAUCAAAAAUCGGCGAUAUUGUCGCAAGUUCUAUCAAGUUGAUACCAGCAGUCAAACCGGUUAUCGAAACUUUCCCAAGCUUGGAAAAAGUCGUGGAUAAGGUAGUGGCUAAAGGCACUCCUGAGGCUUUAAGCGCUGGGCAGAAGUGGAGGAAUUUUGUUUUGAGUUUGAUGUUUAGAAGGGCACCGUUUUUCGAGUUAUUUAAGAGGGUGUUAUAA